AUGUCUCCCUUCACCGUGUUCGCACUCUGCCUCCAGCUCUGCCUGAUUCAGGUAAAUACUUUUUCAGUGAUGAGCCAGCGCUGCUGCGGCUCCAGUGGCUCCAGCAUCGGCUACGGUUCCAGCAUCGGCUCCGGCUCCAGCAUUGGCUACGGUUCCAGCAUCGGCUACGGUUCCAGCUCCGGCAGCUGCGGCUCGUACGGCGGGCAGGGCUGCGGGGUGGUGAGCGCGGCCGGCAACAUCGACGCGUGCGGCACCACCUGCGUCACCGGCGCCGUGCCCGUGCUCGGCUCCGUCACCUUCGGCGGCUGCGCGCCCGCCUGCGGCUCCGUCUCCAUCUGCGGACAGUGCGGAUGCGGAUGCAACUAAAUUACCCACCGAAGAUCUCAUUCUCAAUCAAUUUCUGAUUCA